UCAUCUGGGCUUCUUAAAUCUAAGCCAUUAACAUGACUACAUUUUCUUCUUUUUUUCUAUGUUUCCUAAUAGCUGGGAUGUAUAUGACUCCAGAGUGUUUCAACAUGGAGAUUGUUGGAGGGAGAGAAGUGUCCCCUCAUUCCAAGCCUUUUAUGGCUUCCAUCCAGUACAGCGGUCAUCACAUUUGUGGGGGAGUUCUGAUCCACCCACAGUGGGUGCUGACAGCAGCCCACUGCUACUACCGGUUUGCCAAAGGCCAGUCUGCCAAAGUGGUUUUAGGAGCACAUUCUCUCUCAAAGAAUGAGGCCUCCAAACAAACGUUUGAGAUUAAAAAAUUCAUACCAUUUCCAAGAUUCACAUCAGAUCCUAAAUCGAAUGAUAUUAUGCUGGUUGAGCUCCGCAAGGCCGCAAAACUCAACAACCAUAUCCAACUGCUUCACCCAAGAUCCAAAAAUGAUAUUAGAGCUGGAACAAAAUGCCAGGUUAUUGGCUGGGGAGCCACUGACCCAGAUUGUUUAAGCCCCUCUGACACCCUACGAGAAGUCACUGUUACUGUCAUAAGUCGAAAAGUUUGCAACAGCCGAAGUUAUUACAACCAUGACCCGAUUAUAACUAAAACCAUGCUAUGUGCAGGAGACACCAGAGGCCAGAAGGAUUCCUGCCAGGGUGAUUCAGGUGGCCCCUUGGUCUGCAAAGGUGCUUUCAAUGCUUUAGUCUCUGGAGGUCGUAAAUGUGGUGACGCCAGGAAACCUGGAAUCUACAUCCUAUUAUCCCGGAAAUACCAGACUUGGAUCAAAAGCAAGCUGGCCCCAUCUCAUCAAAACUAAGACCACAGAUGAUUUUCUUGGCUCUACCAGUUCCUUGGUUUUUUGGU